CCUCCAAAUAUUAAAAAAAAAAAAAUCAGUCCCCGUAUUUUAGUACAGAUUUUUGCCCUUCUCAAAGUAUAUAAAAUUGAACAGACGGCACCGUCUUUGUCUCUCCUUUUCUUUUUCCUCGCUCUCUCGCACGGAAGCCAUGACUAGCUCCUCCACUCAUUCACGCAAGGCUUUAAGCAAGAUCGCAUGUAAUAGACUUCAGAAAGAGUUAGUGGAGUGGCAAGUUAAUCCACCUGCCGGAUUUAAGCACAAAGUAACUGAUAAUCUCCAAAGAUGGAUAAUCGAAGUCAACGGAGCCCCUGGAACGAUUUAUGCCAAUGAAACUUAUCAGCUUCAAGUUGAUUUUCCUGAGCAUUACCCUAUGGAGGCCCCCCAGGUGAUUUUCAUCCCUCCGGCUCCUCUACAUCCUCACAUUUAUAGCAAUGGACAUAUUUGUUUAGAUAUUCUGUAUGAUAGCUGGUCCCCGGCUAUGACUGUCAGUUCCAUUUGUAUCAGCAUCCUCUCCAUGUUAUCAAGCUCAACUGUGAAGCAACGGCCAACUGAUAAUGAUCGAUACGUUAAGAACUGUCGGAAUGGGAGAUCUCCCAAGGAGACGAGAUGGUGGUUCCAUGAUGAUAAAGUGUAAUAUUUUAGAACUGUUAUUUAUCUCUUAUAACUGCGAGGGUUUCAUCAGGAGAGAUGGGAAAAGGAUGGCCCUCCCUAAAUGCUGUGGUAACCUUCUAAAUUUGCCUUUGUUGCUGUGUAUGAAAUUGUGAAUCAAACAUAGAUUUAAUUUGAAUGUGGCUGCCUCCUUCAAGCAGCGGAGUCGGAAAUCCAAUAUAAACCUGUUUCCUAA